CGAGUCGAAAGAAAGAGGAGCGAGAGAAGGUGAUGGAGGAGGAGAUGGGAGGACUGGGGAGGCCGCCGGUGAUGAUUGGAGGUGAGGUGGAGCGGGUGGAUGGGAGGGCGCUGCGCUACGAGGAGUUCGUGGAGCGCUACCUGAUGCCCAAUCGCCCCGUCCUCCUCACCGGCCUCAUGGACGAGUGGAGGGCGGCCACCGACUGGCUCGCCCCCGAUGGCCGUGUUCCCAACCUCCCCUUCUUCGCCACCCACUUCGGGGACUCCGUCGUUCAGGUUGCUGAUUGCUCUAAAAGAGAGUUUACGGAUCAAAAGAGAAGAGAGAUGACUGUUGCGGAGUUCAUUAGCUAUUGGCUCAAACUUUCUUCAAGAAAAGAUAGCAGUGUCUUAAGAUGCAAUGAUGAUGAUGAGUCUUUGCUAUAUCUUAAAGACUGGCAUUUUUUCAAGGAAUAUCCUGAUUAUGUGGCUUACAGAACUCCUCCAUGUUUCACUGAUGAUUGGCUCAAUCUAUAUCUUGAUAGUCAUUUGAUACAUCGAGAUUCUGACAUUCAUCGUGAUAAAAAUGAAAUAAAUUGUGCUGACUACCGCUUUGUUUAUAUGGGACCAAAAGGUACUUGGACUCCUCUUCAUGCUGACGUUUUCAGGUCAUACAGUUGGUCUGCCAAUGUAUGUGGGAGAAAACUUUGGCUCUUUCUACCACCUUCUCAGUGUCACCUUGUGUUUGACAGGAAUUUUAGAUCCUCAGUAUAUAAUGUUUAUGAUGAUGUUUCUGAGGCACAGUUUCCUGGCUUUAAGAAGACAAUUUGGUUAAAGUGUACUCAGGAACAAAAUGAGGUCAUUUUUGUCCCUAGUGGAUGGUAUCAUCAAGUCCAUAAUUUGGAAGACACAAUUUCCAUAAACCACAACUGGUUCAAUGCCUAUAACCUUUCAUGGGUGUGGGGCUUGCUUUUAAGAGACUAUAAUGUGGCUAAGGAGUACAUAGAAGAUAUUCGAGAUAUCUGUGAUGAUUUUGAAGGUCUUUGUCAGCGUAAUCUUGCUGCCAACACAGGCAUGAACUUUUAUGAUUUCAUGAUCUUCAUCACAAGAUUCACGCUGGGCAAUAUAAUCCAGCUUUUCCAUCUUCGACACGAGGAAGGUUCUAUCAACAAUUUACUCACCAAAUCUAGAUAUUUCAUCACCAACCUUAUGUCUAUACGUGCUGUUGCCUCAAAAAUAAAAACUGUCGAGGCUUUUGCUGAAGAAAAUCUUAAAAGCUGUUCAGUUGAAAAUCAUACUGCUUUCUCUGAUGUUCAGAAAAUUUUUGAGGAACCAGAAUUCCAUGAUCUGUGCAGUGCCCUGAAAAGGACAUAUGAAUCUAUAGAUAAUCAAUGGGAACAAGAUCCUCAAACAAGAACUGCACUGUUCAGUCAGGACUGCUUCAAAUGUCUCAAAACCGACUCAGGUUUUUUGGAUUUUGUCAUAUCACCAACUUCAAAGGUUUGUGGUCCAGAAGAUUUGGUCAGUUUGAUUGAUCACGCUAUGGAGAAAACCAACGGCAGUUGUUGCAACUUCAGUUUCCCAUCUGAACUAUUUGAUGUGGAACCUUUUGUUGUUUAGAGCGGUAAGUUCAUUGCACGGAUGCCAUGUCAUGGUUCUUAGCUGAGGUCCUUUAGAUGGGCCGAAGAUCUAUUACUAAAGACUUGCUCUUUUCAGUUGAUAUCAGUUGGAGUAUUUCACUGCUAAAAAAAUUGAAACUACAUAAGCCAACUGCAAGAUCAACGAUCUCGGCGGUGGCUGUGGAAAUUCAGUUUAGGAGGUUUCCACUUGUUUAUUUCAUCCAUGCUAAUCAAGAUCUUUUGACGGUUGAGGAUUCUUCUGGGCUUUGAUAUUUCAUUUUGGUCUUCAUCAAAAUAGAUACACCAUUGACGGCUCCGUGUUGUAACUGUAGAAGGUGGCACCAUGGCAGCCCGAAUAUUUUCUCAGAUGUUAGCUUGCCAAUUGAUUUAUAAGAUCAUGUCCACAUACAGAAACAGGAUAUUUGCAAGGUACAAAUCAUUUUUUUAUUGUUAGCAAAUUUUUGGGAGUUACCAGAAUGUGUUGUGAUAGUCCAUGAAGGUUAAGGAGGGCACUAUGUAUCAUUGUUUCCAAUUUCUGGUAUCAUCUUUUCCUUCCUCGUA